AUGCUGGUGGUCCUGCUCACAGCAGCCUUAUUGGCCCUGAGCUCUGUUCAGAGCUCAAAUGCAGCAAUCAUCUAUGGAAACCCUUCUUCGCAGCUCCUAGAGGGAGAACAGCAAAACCAAGGCCAUGGUCAACAGCAUCAGAGACCCCCUCCUGGAGAAUUCCCCCCAGGACCUUCUGCCUCUGAGGAAGAUGAUGGUGAAAAUGCUGAUGACAGUGAAGAAGAGGGAAAUGCACCAGAGGGACCACCACAAGAAGGAGACAAUAACCAGCAACCUCGCCCUCCUAGACCUGGAAACCAGCAAGGCCCACCCCAGCAGGGAGGCCAGCAGCAGAAUAAACCUCCUAGACCUGGAAACCAGCAAGGCCCACCCCAGCAGGGAGGACAGCAGCAGAACCAGCAAGGCCAACCCCAGCAGGGAGGACAGCAGCAGAACCAGCAAGGCCCACCCCAGCAGGGAGGACAGCAACAGAAUAAACCUCCUAGACCUGGAAACCAGCAAGGCCCACCCCAGCAGGGAGGACAGCAGCAGAAUAAACCUCCUAGACCUGGAAACCAGCAAGGCCCACCCCAGCAGGGAGGACAGCAGCAGAACCAGCAAGGCCAACCCCAGCAGGGAGGACAGCAGCAGAACCAGCAAGGCCCACCCCAGCAGGGGGGACAGCAACAGAAUAAACCUCCUAGACCUGGAAACCAGGAAGGCCCACCCCAGCAGGGAGGACAGCAGCAGAACCAGCAAGGCCCACCCCAGCAGGGAGGACAGCAGCAGAACCAGCAAGGCCCACCCCAGCAGGGAGGACAGCAGCAGAAUAAACCUCCUAGACCUGGAAACCAGCAAGGCCCACCCCAGCAGGGAGGACAGCAGCAAAAUCGCCCUCCUAGACCUGGAAAUGAACAAGAACCACCCCAGCAGGAAAGUGAGGAACAGCAAAGUUCCCUGUAG